UAAAAAUUCGAACCAUCCAAAACUCAAACUUACUUAAAGUGUUUCUGUCAGCCCACACAAGUGGCUGGCCAAGCCUGGCCAGCCACUUGUGUGGAGGUGGAAAGACACUUGGCUUGUAGGAGUUGAGGAAGGAGAGGAGUGGUAGAAGGCAAGUUAUGAAGAAGGUCUUGAGGAACGAGGAUUUGGAAACUGGGAGAUUAAGGAAGAUGAAGAAUAAUAUGAGGAUCUUAAAUUAUAAGCUUUCACAGUUGCCAAGAAAAAACAGCCGAAGCUUACUAUAGCAAUUCAAAUGGCUAGGUUAAGAACCUGAUAGCUGUUUUAUAUAAUAGAAGCUAUAGAGUUAAUUGUAGUGUAUAAAUUUUGGCAGCAUCCUUUACUUGAUCUAUAGCAAGAAGAAGCAUCUACUUAAAAUUAUGCUUCAUUCAGUCAGUCUUAGCCUUUGUUUUACAUUUUUGGAUCCCAGCAUAUAUGAAUGGAUCUUCAUAUGAAAGAAAAUUCUUGUUAUAAAUUGACUAAAUUGUUUUAAAACACUCUGAAUCUGAAGUAAAAUUGGAUUCGGAUAUUGGUCCUCGUUAAGCAUGGCCCAUUAGCUCAAUCCAGGCAAGUAUGAAUACUGUAGAACAUACGGAAUAGAGACUCAGAAAUAUUAAGGAAAUUAAAAUUUAGGACAACCUUUUGCUUAGAGAAAAGAAAGAUUUCUAAAAUAUCUGCUUUCUCAGGAUGGCUAAGAUUCUUUAUCAAAGUGGAGUUAGCCAAUUUUACAGAAAGAGAAAAGACAUGAUAAGGCUACAAAGAAGCUUAAUAAUGGAUUGGGAUCGCAUGUUACGAUAUAAAGCUUUAGAAGGCCUUCAUACUUUACCAUGGCUUUGGCUAAAGUAAGAACACCUUUUAAUAAUAGCCACGUUUGUCAAUAAUUUUUAAUAAUUGAUUAUGUCAU